CAAUGCUCAGCAGGUGUGCAGGUGUCAGCCAGAAUAUGGCUCCUGACCUGAACUCAGCAAAGAAGUUGUUCAUUUUCUUAGGAAAAUCAGUGUUUGCUCUUCUGGAGGCUAUGGUUUUUGCCUUAAUCCCAAAGCCACGGAAGGACGUAGCUGGUGAGAUCGUACUCGUAACAGGCGCUGGGAGCGGACUCGGAAGGCUCUUAGCCCUCAGCUUUGCCCACCUUGGAUCUGUGCUCGUUCUCUGGGAUAUCAGCAAGGAGGGGAAUGAGGAGACGUGCAAGAUGGCUCGGGAAGCUGGAGCCACAAGAGUUUAUGCCUAUACCUGUGAUUGCAGUCGAAGAGAGGAAGUGUAUAGAGUGGCCGAUCAGGUUAAAAAAGAAGUUGGCGAUGUUUCCAUCCUCAUCAACAAUGCCGGAAUCGUAACUGGCAAAAACUUCCUCGACUGCCCAGAUGAGCUUAUGGAAAAGUCUUUCGAUGUGAAUUUCAAAGCACAUUUAUGGACUUAUAAAGCCUUUCUACCUGCUAUGAUUGCUAGUAACCAUGGACAUUUGGUUUGCAUUUCAAGUUUGGCUGGAUUAAUUGGAGCAAAUGGACUGGCAGAUUAUUGUGCAAGUAAAUUUGCAGCCUUUGGAUUUGCUGAAUCUGUAUUCGUAGAAACAUUUGUCCGGAAACAAACGGGGAUCAAAACCACUAUUGUGUGCCCAUUUUUAAUAAAAACUGGAAUGUUUGAAGGUUGUACUACUAGGUGUCCUACUCUGUUACCGAUUCUGGAACCAGAAUAUGCCGUCAGAAAGAUAGUAGAUGCCAUCCUGCAAGAAAAACUGUACUUGUAUAUCCCGAGGUUUUUGUAUUUCAUGAUGUUUUUAAAAAGUUUCAUGCCCCUCAAGGCGGCACUGCUGUUGACUGAAUAUUUGGGCGGCUUUACUCUAAUGGAUGGCUUCCUUGGCCACAAGAAGCAAGACUAAAGAUCAGCUCUGUGCCUGACGUCGUGUGAUACCCAGUAUCACAUAAUGCUUAUUUCAAUGAAGAAACCUAUUUUUGUCCAAAAGAAUAUAUCUGGAGACUACAAGUACCAUUCUUAUUAUGCUGUCUGGACUAGUAUUUUCAACCAAUGCCUUUAAAAAUAAUGUUGCUAUCUGCUUUCUUGCUGAGUUUU